UCCGUCCGACGGUUCGGUUGUAUGUAAAAUCGAGUUUUGCGGCGUGUGUUUUUCACGUGUGUUGAAUAAAAACUAUGUAACACAUUAGAAAUAAGUGUAUACUAGUUAUAAAUAUACAUGACAAUGUUUAAAGUGCCAGAAUGGGGCACCGAUGUGCCUGACACUAGAGUAAACUUCUCCAAAUCUUCUAACAAUAAAAAGGGAAAAAAGUCAGCUACACCACUGGCCAAAGAGUCUCCAGUCAAACCUCCAGUAUAUGACAACUUUCAGAAGAAACAAACCGCAAAGAAAUCUACGGACAAACGGAAGUUGAAGAAAAUCAGGCAGAAAAACCGACAAAUUUAUCAAACUUUGAGUAAACCUCAAAAUAUUGAAACAGAAGCUAGUUUAAGUAACGUCCAGCCCGGUAGAUUUGUAUUAAACCCUAAUAAACCAGAAUGUAAGGAAAAUAAACCGAAACCUGUUCUAAAUACGAAUAAACUUAAUGGAGCUAGUAAAAAAAAUGAAAAACUUAAGAAAACUAUACUUAACAAAUCUCCUAAACAUAAAAAGAAUAAUCAAUAUAACACUAUUGGUAUAGAAAAGAAGCCUCAAAAGCGAAAACAUAACAAAGACCCUGAAAUUAGUGACAUAGAACUCAAUAAUGUUGACACGGACAAAGCAGAUGAGGCAAUUAUUAAUGCUAAGAAAAAGAAAUUGAGUGAUGCUUUUAAAAAUGAGGAUCAAGAAGAUAUUUUAUUUGGAGAAAAGCCUAAAAUGAAAUUUGACAAGAAAAAGGAACAGAUAAAGAAAAUGCUGGAGAAAAGCAACAGGAACUCCAUCAAUGUUAGUGGGAAUUCUAAUUCACUGCGAGAAAGAAUGAUUGCCAAAUUGCAAGCUGCGCAGUUCAGAUACCUCAAUGAAAAGCUGUACACAUCAUCAGGAACAGAAGCCAAGGAGCUAUUCCAAGCGGAUCCAGCUGCCUUCAAGACAUACCACCAAGGUUACCAACAACAGAUCAAGAAAUGGCCCGUCAAUCCGCUGGACCUCAUUGUCAAGAGGAUCAUGAAAAUGCCUAAAACCUGCCUCAUAGCCGACAUGGGCUGUGGCUCAGCGACUCUCUCUCGUCGUGUCCCCCAUAGAGUCCGCUCCUUUGACCUGGUGGCUUCAUCCCCAGGAGUGGAAGUAUGUGAUAUGGCCCAUACACCUCUGCUGAGCGCGUCCGUGGACGUUGUGGUGUAUUGUCUGGCGUUGAUGGGGACGCAGUUGGCUGAGUAUUUGGCUGAAGGGAACAGGGUGCUGAAGACUGGAGGCCAUCUCCUGAUCGCCGAGGUGGAGUCCCGCUUCGACAAACUGGAAGACUUCACGCGGGCGGUGGAGCGGCUCGGGUUCAAACUCCUCAAGACUGACCAGAGCCACAAGGUGUUCUACUUCAUGGAGUUUAAGAAAAUCCAGGAGGCCUCUAAGAAGGCACGGCAUGUACCGCUCACUUUAAAACCAUGUUUGUAUAAAAGAAGAUAAUGUUAUAAAUACUAUAUUUUAUCAA